CCCCGUCGGAGAAGUUUGGAGCGUCCUAGUCUGUUUUCCUCCACGUGGGAAGAGGAACAAGUCUUUCCACCCCCCGCCCCCGAUCAGGGCGCUGACAGCGAAGGCUGGCGGCGGCAUAACGCGCCCUGGGGAGGAGCCAGGCGCUUCUGCCUGGAAGGCUGGGUGGCUCGCUGAGCUGCCCGGUGGACAGCCCCAGGACGGUCUCGGAGGAAAAGAUGAAAGGAACUAACCGACGUGGGCUCGUGGCUGAGGGCUGAUUUCUACUUUGGUUUCUUGGUUGUACUUCUCCAGCUUGUGUUAGAAGCAGUAAUGGCCGCAGAAUUCAUCAAGAACUGUUGCAGUACAUGUUUCUAUGUUCAGAAAGAAAAGCACGAUGGUUCUCUGGAGAAGGAGUCUGAAGUUACAGCCAAAUAUAGAUCAAAUGUUGUGGAGAAGCCUCCCUUGUCUUCUGUGUCGGUGAAACGUCAGGUUGGCUGUUCAGAAGAUUAUCUUCUUUCCAAGCUCCCACCAGGUGGCAAGGAUGUACCCUUUGUGGUCCCUCAGUUCAAGCUUGCCUACAUUCAGCCCAGGAAUCUUGGUAAUCCACACCUUGGAGGAAUUCAAGAGUCUGCUAUAACAUCAUUUGGUGACCGGAAAGCAGAACUUUCCAGUGCAUACCAGCAAAGACCUCUUGUUGAUGUGGUGUAUAACCCAUUCUAUAUGCAGCGGCAGCAGCCUCCUCUCUCUCCAGAUUUGACUCGGUGUCGCCCAGAAAACUCUGACAAUAGAAAACUAUAUGGGUCAGUUUGUGACUUGAGGAGUUGCACAUUGCUAGGCUCAUCCUCUCUAAGUCACUCUAUGUUUGACCUUACAAGUCCACCCCACCGAUUUUUGCAGAGAUAUGAUUCAGUCUCCAGCGUUCCAAGCAGCACUUCAUCUAGAAAGGAUUCGCAAGGUAGUAAUAGGAGUUUAGAUACCAUUACAUUAUCAGGUGACGAACGAGAAUUUGGCAGGCUAAAUGUGAAGGUGUGUUACCUUCCUCAUGUGGAACAGGUCUGGAUCACAAUCUUGCAAUGCAAAGAUCUGAGCUGGUCAUCUAGCUGUGGAGAAAACCCUCACAUUUCCAUCAAAGGAACUAUCACAUUGUCCAAGCCGGUACAAUUCAGAUGCUCAGCAAAAGAAGCUUCCAGUGACAUUGAAUUCAUGGAAACUUUUGUGUUUGCUAUCAAACUACAACUCCUGCAGACUGCGAGACUAGUGUUCAAAGUACAAGCUCAGACUCCCAGGAAGAAAACCAUAGGAGAAUGUGUUUUGCCACUGCGAGAGCUCAGCUCACAAGAAACUGGCUAUUGGUUGAUGAUAGCACCUCCUUCCAAAGCUUCAGUGUGUCCUGCAGAACUGAAAAUAGGCACCUGUUUUCAAGCAGUAAACAGCCGGAUACAGUUGCAAAUUAUUGAAGCCCAGAACCUCCCAAGCUCAGCCACACCACUUUCUUCAAAUUAUUUUGUAAAGACUGCCAUGUUUAGCACUGAAGGACUGGUUGAUAAGAAAAAGACCCGGCUACUGAAAUCGAUUCAUGGUCGAGUAAAAUGGGGAGAAACUAUUAUUUUUCCAGUGAGCCAGAAUGAGCAUGGGAUAAACUUUCUCAUCAAACUCUACAGCAGGAGCUCAGUGAGAAGAAAACAUUUUCUGGGACAGGUCUGGCUAAGCAGUGACAGCAACAGUUCUGAAGCUACCGAUCAGUGGAGAGAUACAAUUGCUAAUCCAGAGAAGGUGGUUGUUAAAUGGCAUAAAAUCAGUCCAGCAUGACGAUGAUGUGGGUAAUACUGAUCUGCACUUCAGCCAAGAGGCUUCUGCACUUAUUUAAAAUAAACAACCUUCCAAUAAGACAGAAGGAAAAUAAAUGCCCAGAUGGACUGUAUGUAUUGCUACCUCUGGAGAAGAAAAUGAGAGAAGGAGUAGUGGUGCUAGAAAAAAAAAGACAAAGUGGAGAAUCCUAGCAAUGUUCACAGAAUUCAGAGGUUACCUUACAAAGUUAAUGACCCAACUACUGAGGCUUUCAGUUUCACUAAAGAUUUAAAGGAAAACUUUUACAUAUUUAUGUUUGUGUUAGAUUUUCAUCUAACUUGAAUAUCUAAGUCAAAAAUGACUUUGAAGGGCUUACCUUUAGGAAGACCUUUUCCUUUUCUUGAUUGAAAACUCUGCUUCAGCUGUUUUGUUCCUAAAACUAUUCUGAGGACAUUUCUUAAUUAUUCUUGCAGGCAUCUCUUAGUUCUAAUUUCAUGAUGAACAAGACAAGUAAGGCAAGCAGAGGGUGGGAUUAGUAUUUUACCAUUUAAAAUCUUGGAAUAAACUUUUUAAAGUAAUUUUAAUGCUUGCUUGUCAUUAUGAGUGUUGGACUUUAAAGUGAGGGAGGGCUGGGGGUGUUAAGACAACUCUUGCCACAAACACAUAAAAGAGCUCAGUGCUCUCCUUCGCAGUGCCAAAUCACAAUUCUUACUUCUAUUUUUGAGCCUAAGACUUACCUCACUGUUGUGAGCAGAGUUAAUGAGAUUAGAUGGGUUAACAGUAAACUAAGCUUUUGCCUCACAUGAAUGGAAGUAUUCUAACCUAGGAGAAAAGAUGUGUACUCCAGAUUAUGCACUUAAGAAAUGUUAUAUUAAGAAGCUGACCCAACUAGUUUGUGUAAUAGUGAAAUGUUUACUGGAAAAAAUAUUGUAAAAUGUUCAGCAUUUUAAGUUCUGUUGUGUAAUUUUAGCAAGAAGAUGUUGUGAAUAUUUAUUAUAAUAUGAAUACAAGAAGCUGAAUAUAAAGAGUCUAUAUUGGACUGUAACCCUCUAGAAAUUGUUGAACUCCAGCUCAUCAGCCCUAGUCAGCGUGGCCGGUGAUGAUGGAGUUGUAGUCCAGCAACCUCUGGAAGGUCACAGAUUUGCCACACUGCUGUAUGAACAUACAAAUGAGCUAGCUAAUAUUGCCAGCUGUAAAUCCUAUACCUUCUAACUUCUAACUUUUUGAUAAUUAGUUGAGGCCCAAAAAAUAUUCGUAAUAGAAAGCAAUGACAACCCUGUGUGCUAUUAGGCAAACAGGGUGGGAUGUACAUUAUCUCUUUAAUGCAUGUUAUUGGACUACAGCUGUCUUAGAUUAUACCUGGUGAUUGGCCAUGUUGGCUAGGGCUGAUGGAAGUUGUAGUCCAACAACAUCUGGAGGGCACCACAUUGGCUACCCCUGCUUUAAUGUGUGCAGGAGUGUGUUACAAACACAGUUUUGUCUCUACCUUUUCAUGCUUUUUUGAAUCGCAGUAUUAAAGACUUUGGAUACUAAAUUAGCUGAAGGGUGACAAGCAGCAACAGACUGGUGUCAGUAAUAAGGAAAUCAAUAUAUACAGUAUUUGUGUACAUCUGACUCUUAAGUUCAUGGUUUUAAAUUUUGGCAGAAAGACCUCAGAGAAAGCAUGAACACACCCUAGCUUUAUCCAUUCCUCUCCUUUUUAACAGAUACAAGAUAUUUAAUCUUAGUAGUACUGAAAAGCCUAAGUAGAAAAACUGUUGAGUUGGACACCUAGGCAAUGGGGAGAGAUUUGCUUCAGACAUAAUGUUGGCGUUUGGUUAAUCUUAGCCUGGUUAUAGUUCAGACUAUUGUAAAGAGGGUCAAAGACUGGGUUGUGUUUUUUUUUUUACACUUAAACAUGGGGGAGCACUGAUUGUGCUGAAAAUCUGCAAUGGCAAAAGACUCCAGAACUGGCAAGAACAGAAUGUGCUGACUGGGUCUCUCCCACUAUAGUUUGCCCAUACAGGGUGUCAAAAGCAACUUUCCCCCCUGAAAUAUAGGCAGAAGUUAGGGAAGAUCUUUUUCCAAAGGGAAAAUGUAAGUACUUUAUAAUACGUCACCAAUCCAUACAGAGAAACUAAUGGUUCAGACUGCAGAUUUACUUUCUUGUCAUGUGGGAGCCUUUGCACUCCAUUCAGCUCUUUUUUUUUUUACAAUAAUUUUUAUUCAAAUUUUCAUAAAACAUACAAAACAAAAUCAUAA